CAUCAGCACUAGAAGUACCUCUUGUCUAGGAUUGUGUUGUUGUAGACGAUCUCAUUAGUAAUUCAUUAGUAGUUAAGAUGUGUGCGUGUGAUUGGUCGGUGCACUUGGGUUGUUCUCAUGAAGUACUCGUGCACUACCCCCACCUUCCUGAACCCUCGGCACGGCUGACCUCUAGAGAGGAUUUGUGUCAGAAGAAAACUCUUUGAAGCCUGUCCGACCUGUUCCAGUUUGCUCACAGACGUUGACGUGGCUGGCCUAGGACUGAGCGCUGCUGGGAGUGGGAGGCUGCUCACUCUGCAUGAGGAGAGAAUCAUCCAGAUUUCAAGUCUGCCAAACGGAUGACGGAUGUGUGCUCAAUGAUACGUCCCGCCAAACAUGGAUCAUUGGUCACACUUUACGCACCUCUUGGCAAACGACAAAUCAACGGAAUAAUCAACAGUGGUUGAUUAUUCAAACCUUCGCAAAAUUGAGUCUAGAAAAUAUCUUAAAUAAUGGCAAAUGCCCAUCACAAGUAACAGUGAUGGGCAAAGUGAUGUCUUAAAUGUGCUUGUUUAUUUUUCAACAGUGUAGGAAAAUGAAAGUAUUCAUUUUAUAACGAACCAUGUACCAAAUAUUAAGAAGCAAAUAUUACUAUUUGUACGUCAAUUACUUUGAAUUUUGAUUAAACCGAGUAGCCUCAACCCCCGAACAGUAGGCCUGUGUUCAGGCAGUGGGGCGCACUUCCCCUAUGUGCUGGGAUGUGCUAUCUCAGGCUAUGUGGCUGCCCACAGCAAUAUGCUAACGUGCUCCUGUUCGCUCAGGUGCCUACCAUGUCAUCAGCGUACUGACGUUGUGGAAGUGAUAAAGUGCCCUCGAGUGAGAGUUAGUCAAUCGGUAAAAUGACUAACAGACGCAGCGUCCCGUUCGAUGCUAGGCAGCGUCUAUGGCUGCCGUUGUCCACACGUGUGUUGCAUUUGCACUCUGUAGUAUGUUUUUGGUCUGAGUCAUGCAGUGAGUUCAUGAUUAUGGGAACGCUUUCCAUUUGUUCAGAUGUCAUACAUUCCAUGUCAUGUCUGCUCAGCACACCAGGAAGCGCACAGAACUCGUGUACGGCCGAGGUUCUGAGCUCUCUCUCUCUCAACGAAAGGGGGAAAAAAGAAAAGGAGUUCUAUUGUUUUCCAAGAUCAAAACCAUGUGUUGGUGUUUUUUGUUUUUGAUAAAUAAUCUCAGAGGAAGAAAUCUGCAAGGAAAUAAACAUCCUUAUGUUUGCCGCAUGCCUAUGUAACUGGAUGAUUCCUGAGAUCCCUUUGUUUGAAAAUAAUAGAAACGUUUUGGUUUUUCACAAACUGUACCACACAGCAACACAACUUAUUUUCAUGUUUUUAAUCUCAUGGCAUUUAUUUGCAUCACGUUACUCCCCCUUGUGGAUGAAAUGAUCGUAGAACAGUGUUUAUGAAAGGGCUUUAUCCAUCAUCUCGGGCAGUGAAACAGCAUUUGAUUUUAUGUUGUUGCAAUGCACAUUCCUGGAUGAGGACAUGGGGAGGGGCUUAGAGUUUGGCAAAGACGCUGAAUUAAGACCCAAACAAACACAUUUCCUCGUCCUACUAGUGUUUACAUGCAUCAACCCUGCACAAUAGAGGUCAUAAACACUCACUGACCAAUCUGACGUCUAUGGGGUGGGGGGUUGGUGAUGGACCAAUAGGAUGACAGAAAUUAGGCUCCGAAGGAUUAGUGUCCGAGCUCUUGUUGUUUAUUGGUGGCCCGGAACCUUCUCACUUCCACGUGGAGUGGUAACGGACGAAAACAAACGGCCACAGAAAGGAUUCGGAACAUUAUCCGUGUUGAUCUUUUGUUUGUGUUGAGGGGAUGUGACAUACUCCACACAGGACCACUGUCGGUCUGUGCUUCUUUGUGUAUUUCCACUUUCCUUUAUGUCAGUUGGAGAUAUAUUUUUACUAGUUAUUUUUCCCCAGGUAGUUUAUGAUUUAAAACACGAACCAUGGUGCUGCUUGUGACGAAUAACAAUGUAGAUAAUUUUAACUGCUUCCCAGUCAUUUUCAAAAGGAAUGCCGUCGCAAGGCAGGGGGAGGAGGACAGGACCCCAGCGCCUCCGCUGAUCCAGGAGAACGUCUUCAUCGAGUCCAGCAGGCCCAAGUACAUUGAGGACCUCCACAACGAGGCCCAGGAGGGACUGAAGCUGUUCCAGCAGGAAGAGACGAGCAAUGGUGUGGAAUUCCGUGAUGAUUUAAGCAGCAUUUCAACUGUUACCACCCAGCCAGAGGAUGAUGGCCAGGGGUUUCUGUCUGACAGCACGAUGGCCGACACAUCCUCCAUCGUUUCUACACAGUCCACCGUCUCUUCAAUGUCCUCUCGCUCAGGGAUCACCAGACAAGGAUCCUCCUUCAGACCCUUGAACUCCGGCAAGAAACCAGAGAAGGCGAAGCACAGAAGACGAAGCAGGAGGACGGUUAUGGGAAUUCCCAAGCAUGUCCAGAGGGAACUCGGACUGGAUAGAAUGGAGUGGAAAAGUAACCCAGUGCUGGAUGAGGAGCUGGAUGAGAACAUGAACAGUGAGGCAGCAUGCGACGCCGUCGACAGGCCCUCACAGCUGACUGAGCCCAGCGUCGGCCUCCAUAACGCCCAGGUCAACAGGGCCCUGGCCAAGUCUCAGACCCUGCACACCAGCAAUGCUCAUGCCUCCCACAGGGACGACCUGGCCUUGCUUCACCGCCUGAACAACGAGUCAGCGCACAGGCCGCGCUCCCUGGCCGUCCCGUGGCUGACCACCGCCCACAACGGCCCGCACGGCCCCCCCAGCCCUGUGAUGUCCAUGAACCCCCACGCCGCCUACAUGUCCAAAAUAAUUCCCAACGCCGUGAUGCCUCCCUCCGUCGAAGUGCUGGAAAUCCAGCGCGGACGGAGCCGUUGCAGUCAGAAAACAGUCAGCAAGAGCAGCCUGCUGGUGUCCAGCCCGACCGGCUCGCGGGCCUCCUCGCGGGCUUCGUCGUGUCGAGGGCCCCCCUCCCGAGCGUUCUCCUCCAGAGCGUCGAGCCGGUCCUCCGCCUCUCAACAGAGAGCCAACUACACGUCCGACAGCUCCGGGUGGAGCCGGUCCGAGUCGUCGGAGACGCUGGUGUCAGACUCCUCCACCAUCUCAAGCAGCACCACUCCCCAGCAGCAUAGCUCGGCGGACGAAAGACGCGCGGCGCGCCACGGCUCCCCCCCUGCGGACAAAGUCAGCCUUCACUCCUCCGCCAGCAGGGUCUCCAACGGGAAGGCGGAAGGGAUGGCACGCAGUCUCUCCAUCAUGAAGUCCAAGAGGGCUCCCCCACCGCCCAGUCGGUCCUAUUCGCUUCACAAUAGGAUGAAACGGAAGUCACGUGACCUAACGGAGCCAAUGACGUCGUCAAAGGAAACAUCCCCCCAGAAUUCACUGUGCUCUGGGAAGAAUAGUGUGAAGAGCAAGUCUGGUGAGAAAAAGGAGGCCGCAGUGCCUCCAGUGUCCCCCGGUUUGUUAGAUAGCCCCGGGUACACUGCGGACACCAGCUCUCUGGACGACUCCAAUGGCUCUACGUCAUUCAGCCCUAUUAAAUCCCAGCUCCAGGCACCCGGGAAAGUUGGCACUGUGAAGAAAGGGGAGUCACCUGCUAAAGUCACUACAUCCGAGCUGCAGCCACAACAGGAGAACGUGUUGAAGAAAACCGCCUCCCCUUCCAGUGGCUACUCAAGCCAGGCUGGCACACCUACACACCUUUCUAAACAUCCUCUCGCCACAUCCCCCAAGCCCAAAAGAGGAUUUCUUUCCAAGCUCCAGGGCUUAUUUCCAGGGUCCUCUCCACCUAAGAACCCCACAAAGCCUUCUGAUCCACAGCAAGACUCCAAUGGGGAAACGGGAAGCGCCAGCCCCUCAGUCAGGGUCCUGAGAGAGCUAUUCAACAUUCCCCCCCCACCGAAGGUCCAUGCGCCUCCUCCUCCUCCACCAGAGGUGUGGGCCCACAACAAGCGUACGUUUGAGUUACUGCUGGGACCCCCUGCCCCCUAUGACUCCUAUGCUGCUGUUAAGAGGAACCCCAAGGACAGGAGACAGCAGAGGCCGUCGCCUUCCAUAUCUGUCAAGAGUGCAUCCACAGAGGGCGAGAAGAAGAGCGGCCUUAUCUCCGCAGAGUUGAUCAAUGGAGUCCUCUCCUCGAUGGUAUUGAAGAAAGUGCAAGAAAGUGAGCAGUGUCAGAAAGAAAACAAGGAAAGGCUGACGUAUGUUGAUAAUUGUGAAAAAGUGAAAGGCCAGAGCAAUGUGACAGAAAAAGCAGAGUUGUCAAGUGGAAGUGUGUUCGUUAAUGGAAGGUCUGCGGAAGUCACAGAGAAGGUUCACGAGAGACUUGCGGCAACACAAGGGGAUAGAAAUACGGCAACACACAAACCAACAUCGAUGACGCCGGGGAACACUUCAGUUGAGACGCAAUCCCUACUAUUCAAAACUCCUACAACUCGACCUGCUGUAUCCCCACCCCUGGAAUCUCUCUGGCCCCCACCACCACCACCAAUGGACCCAGCCGCUGAGACCCUCCUCAUCAGACAAGACGGGACUGAUUUCCCCCUCCCACCGCCACCAUUGUUGAGUGAGGAGGGGCUUGUAGUACUGGAAAAUGUGCCACAAGUUGAGGUGCGGCUGGAUACUUCUGUUCCCCAUGUAGCCAUUGUGCAAGGGUCGCUGAACGCCCCAUCGGUUCAUACAUCAUUGGUGAGCCCGAAGAAGACACCGGAGACUCCCCCGCUGAAGACCAAUAAACCAGGGUCCACUGCUCCCAAACCAAGUCCACAGAAGAUUAAACUAAUACUACCCACGCCCCAAGGAUACCCUCCUCCACCUCAGAGUAUCCCUCCACCACCACCCUUUUCAGCCCCAACCCUACCUGUCAAUCUGCCUGCGAACCCACUGCUCACAGAAGGGUACCUUCCAACACUCGCGGAAGCAGAUAGUACUUCAACGGAGCAGCUAGGCGGCCCAUCCCAAGAACCCCCACCGACGGCCCUCCUUCCUUCAGCUCUAAGGCUUACUCCACCUAAAAGCAUUCCGCCUCCUCCACAGCCUAAGGCUACUGUGUCUGCUUCAGAGAGUGUUCCCCAACCGCCACCGCCCCUCCAAAAGAUUCCACCCACCCCUGGAGAGGCAGCCCUUUGUAUAGAUACAAGCCUUCAUGCAGCCUCGGUACUCCCUGCUCCUACUCCUGUUCUGAGCCCUGUUACAGAGCCACUGGAAGCCCCACCUGUGGCCACAAAGCCUGCUGCUGGACCCGAGGUGACCCACUCUUUACCUUCACCUCCUAUUAAUCCUACUACGGUUCUUACACUGAUUACGAAGCCCCAGAAAGCCCCACCAAAGGCCACUGAGCCUGCUCCAGAGCCUGAGGUUCUCCCCUCUUUAACAUCACCUCCUAUUAAUCCUACUCCCAUUAUAACCCUGGUUCCAAAGCCCCAGGAGGCCCCACCGAAGCCCACGGAGCCUGCUCCAGAGCAUAAGGUUACACCCUCUUUACCAUCACCUCCUAUUAACCUUACUCACAUUGUAACCCUGGUUCCAAAGCCACAAGAGGCCCCACCGAAGGCCACUGAGCCUGCUCUAGAGCAUAAGGUUACACCCUCUUUACCAUCGCCUCCUAUUAAUCCUACUCCCAUUGUAACCCUGGUUCCAAAGCCCCAGGAGGCCCCACCGAAGCCCACGGAGCCUGCUCCAGAGCAUAAGGUUACCCUCUCUUUACCUUCAUCGUCUCCUUCCCAAGCGACUACUGAUGGCUCACAGCAGCCCUGCAAAGAGACCAAGGAGAACCAAAGCAAAGAGCAGAAUGCCGCAGUUGCACAAGUCUUAAUGUCCGUAGUCACCACUGUCGAUCAGCCAUCAGUCAAUGUGCCGUCUGUCAAUAAAAGCCCUGAACCUAACAGAGCCCUGGACCUGGUACAGCCCGAGGUGGUCACUGAGGACCAGCAGCCCCUGAGUCAGGGUGCACUUGAGUCACAGAUGGUGGUCCUCAAGCCAGCUCCUUCACAGCCCAUGAUGAUCAGCAAAUCUGAACCGGAACUGCUUCAGACCGAAGUGGUCAUCGAUGCACAGCCUUUAACUUCACCGCCUCCUAUCCAGACCCCGACAGAUAUUUCUCACCAGCAGGCUAAAGAGACACCAGAGGACCAAAGCAAAGAACAGAAGGCUACUGUGGAUGUCAGUAACAGCCCUGAAUCUAGCAAGGCCCAAGCACAGGUUCUGCGGGAUUUGGUCGUUGAGACCCAGCAGCCCAUAAGUCAGGUUGUACUGGAGUCUGAGGCAGUGGCCUCCCAGCAAACUCCCCCCCAGCCUGUGAACAUCGACCAAGCCCAGGACCUGCUACAGCCAGAAGUGGUGAUUGAGGCCCAGCAGCCCAUUAGUCAGGAUGUACCUGAGGCAGUGGCCUCGGAACAAGCUCCCUCAGAGCCCUUGAACGUUCCCUCGUCGUCAGCCCCAGCCCCACAGGUUCCUGCCAGUGCUACAGAACCAGGAACCACAGAGGGCAAAACCGUGGAUUCAACCUCUCCACCGGCUCAAGAAGAGGGAACCACUUCUUCGGACACACCCUCCCUUGCAGAACCAGUCAAGCAGAAGUCCACGGAUGGCAGUCCCGAAGCUACCAACGACCAGGGCACACAAGACCAGCCAGUGGUUACCAUGAGGACCCGGAAGCCUGAAAGCCACAUUCAAACUCACUCAUCCAGUUUGGAGGCUCCUCAAAAACCAAUCAGAAGGUCACUGAUCAUGAGCUCUCUUCCAACCAUAGCUCCUCCCGUCGUAGUCGACUCACAGGAAGCCAUCCCCAAAUCCCCGUCUGCCGAGGUCACACACAUCUCUGCCGCCUUGCCCCCCUCCCCUACGAAGAAGUCUCCUCCCGCGACGAACAGCGCCCCUUCCAUGAACAUGCAGGAGGCUAUUCGCCUGAGGACCGCAGCUCGAGCAAAGAGCCCCACCUCGCCACGGGGCCCAAAGCCCCCUUACGGGGGAGACGUGCACAAGUCUCCCUCCAGCGUGGCCAGCUUUAUCUUCUCCAAGAACACCCGGAAGGUGGGGACUGCACCUGUGCCCGAGGCCCAGCCGAGAGUGCAAGAGAACAGAGCUGCUGAGCCUGCUGCUGUAUCAAAGCCCGUCAAAGAAGAUGACCAAGAGGAGAAGAAGCAGGGUGUGAAGGUGCCACCGCCUGUGGCUAGGAAACCUAAAGCCCAGGCCAAAGACACGGGGACCAAUGUGGGGACAGAGUAAAGGCUGACUGCAGGACAGGAAGCACUACCAGCGAGCACAUGAGGUCCCCCAGAAACACCAAUGGGACAACAGUCUAUGUUUAUGGAGGACGGCAAACUAAUCAAAAGAAAAACAAUAUAGCAAAUACUUGGAUUUUGGAAGGACGAACAACCAACACACACAAUCACAUUGUAAAGAUGCAACAAUUUAAGUAAUUCAAGAGAAGAGACGUGAGAUGAUGGGAGUUAUUUUAAGAUUUAGUUUUGUUGAUGGAUAAUUUGAAAAAAGAGAGAGCGAUAUUUUUAAUUUCAUGUUAGUGCUAUGGGUCUUAUUAUCAGCUAUUUGUUUUAUGUAUAAUAUUAAUAAAACAUAUAAAAUGUUAUAGUUUAUGACAUGCUGAAAUGUUUAAUUUUACUUUGCCAGUUGGGCUUCUCAAUUAUACAUUGCUAAUGCUUGCGCGUUAUGGCAAUUAUAGCUGGGGAUAUGCUGCCCUCUAGUGUCGAUAAAAGGCAAUACAUGUACAUGUACCACUACUUAUUGAAAAUCGAUGGAUGCUUCUAGUUACUACAUCUUACAAUAGGGAAACUGGGGUGCUCUGCUGUGAUAUUACAGAAUUUUCUUUAUUUAAUAUAUCCAUUCCUUUUUGAUAUGCACUAUGAAAAUAAUAUUCCUCCUGAAAUGUUGGCCUACUUUCAAAAUUGUUGAAAGUACAUGUAUGUGUUACAAAAUAUACUGUUUGAAAUAAGUUAUUUUUCCUCUCUUCCUGGAAAAUGUGUCAUUAUUAUAAAAGAAUUUAAUAGCCUACCUUGUACAAUUUCCUGCUGCCUGUUGCCAGCGCAGAAUUAAUCAAACAUAGAAAUACACUUCUGUUGAUUUUAAGUUGUUUUGCUUUCUGCUAAUACAAAUCCACCUUGCACACCGAUAAUCAUCAUCUUCCAUGACUUAGGUGUUUAAGUUGAUCCGUUUACUACCUUUUCUUUAAAAUGGCUGAUUUUCAGGUCACUUCUGAUGAUAAAAUCCUAUAGAUGGCUGACCAUAACCUGAACAUCACCCCAGCAAGGGGACCUUCUUACGCUGGGAGCGCAGGGGUCAGAUCCAGAACUCUGGCAUGGGAGAGGAACAGGGGGUCCUGUCCAAAUGAAAUCAAACCUCUUCGUUCUCAAUGCUUUCAUUCACUGCAUUCAAAAUGACGGUACCCAAACCAAAAGCUAACAGUAUCCAUCUUAGAAACAGAGGUUUGUCUGUUAUAUUUGAUAGUAAGAGCCGUGACUUGAUUGACAAAUAAACCAAUUAAAAGGAAAUAAAUGGG